CCACCGCACAGACACCACACACACACACACACACACGCGCGCACGCUUCUCUCCAUCUUGCGAGUCCUUUUUCCUCCCCAGCCCUCCAGUGGGGGUGCGAGUUUGUCUGGAUCCCCCACCCCCGCCACUUCACCGCCUUUUCUUCUCGGUCCCUCACCCCUCCCCAGCCUGGUGUGCGCCCCUGUCCUACCUCGCCCCCUUCAUUUUUAUUUAUUCAUAUUUAUUUGGAGUCCGCUCGCUCAAUCCCUCGCUCGCUCCGUCCCCUUCCCUCCUCCCGCCGGCCCUCGCUCCCUCCCUCCCUCCGGAUCCCUGCUCUCUCCCCGGAGUGGCGCGUCGGGGGCUCCACCGCUGGCCAGGCGUGAUGUUGCACGUGGAGAUGUUGACGCUGCUGUUUCUGGUGCUCUGGAUGUGUGUGCUCUGCCAGGACCCGGGCUCCAAGGCCGUCGCCGACCGCUACGCAGUCUACUGGAACAGCAGCAACCCCAGAUUCCAGAGGGGUGACUACCACAUUGACGUCUGCAUCAAUGACUACCUGGAUGUUUUCUGCCCGCACUAUGAGGACUCUGUCCCAGAAGAUAAGACUGAGCGCUAUGUCCUCUACAUGGUGAACUUUGAUGGCUACAGUGCCUGCGACCACACUUCCAAAGGAUUCAAGAGAUGGGAAUGUAACCGGCCUCACUCUCCAAAUGGACCGCUCAAGUUCUCUGAAAAAUUCCAGCUCUUCACCCCCUUUUCUCUAGGAUUUGAAUUCAGGCCAGGCCGAGAAUAUUUCUACAUCUCCUCUGCCAUCCCAGAUAAUGGAAGAAGGUCCUGUCUAAAGCUCAGAGUGUUUGUGAGACCAACAAAUAGCUGUAUGAAAACUAUAGGUGUUCAUGAUCGUGUUUUCGAUGUUAACGACAAAGUAGAAAAUUCAUUAGAACCAGCAGAUGACACCGUACAUGAGUCAGCCGAGCCAUCCCGCGGAGAGAACGCGGCCCAGACACCAAGGAUACCCAGCCGCCUUUUGGCAAUCCUGCUGUUCCUCCUGGCGAUGCUUUUGACAUUAUAGCACAGUCUCCUCCCGUCGCCUGUCACAGAGAACGCCGGGGUCUUGGAACACCAGAGACCCACUUAACUGCUCAUCCUAAGAAGGGACUUGUUAUUGGUUUUUGGCAGAUGUCAGAUUUUUUUGUUUUCUUUCCUUCCGCCUGAAUUCUAAGCAACACCUUGGGGCCGGGCAGGGGGUGAAUCUCGUUGCUGCCUCCCUCACCCGACCCCAGCCCUUACCCUCGUCUCUCUCUCUCUCUCUCUCUCCCCCUCCAAAUUAAAUGGACUCCAGGCGAAAAUGCCAAAUGGCCGUAGGGACACGGGUGGUUCGUCAGCCCCGUGCAUUUUCCUGUAAAAGCGCACCUCCGUUGUUAGCGCACUGGGCAGCGGGCUCUGGACGAGGAAGUCAUAGUAGCAGGUGCAGCCCGCGAGGACUCUGCUAUACAAUAUUUAUGCCUUCUCUUUCGGGACUGUGAGACGAUUGUGAGGGCAUCAAGUCACCGUGUCAGGCCCAGAGGGGAGGUAUUCAGAAUAGAUAGAAAAUUACACCAUUUCCUCCAGGAGUCUAUAAAUGAACAGGCUUCUAAAAGGUUGAGACACUGGGUUUCGUUUCAUUUUUGUUUUUGUUUUUAAUAUGACUGUCUUCAAGCAUUCUUGACAGCUAAACUCGUGCUCUGUAAAAGAAGCCCUUUUGUGCGGGAGGUGGGCUGCAGGCAGGAAUGCCAACCCAGAAUAAGUGAGAAAAAUGACCCGUUGGGUGGGGCUGUGUACGGAUGAGUGCCUCGAAUUUUUUUGGUGAUUGGGCAAUGCACACCAGAUUUGGUUUCUUCGAAUACAGAUCACCAUGGUGCUACAACUUUUCUUUUCUUUUCUUUUUUAGAAACUCAAAGAGGCAUUUUUAUGAAUAAAGUGACCUUCCCCAAGGCUGACAAGCCAGGGUUGAUGAGUUCAGAGUGGAAUAGCUUCGGCUGCUCCUCUGGGGGGUGGUAUGUACCAAGGAAAGGGCAUCGGUGGCCAGAGGAGGUGCUGGUUGGCUUUGCUGGAGCGCCAGUGUGCUGUGGCCUUUCCCCGCCUCCCACCCCAGUGCCCACAGUUUGCUCCCUACUCCACAAAUGCAGGGGCUGGGACCCCAACCCCCUGCCCUCAGGAGAGCCAGCCAGCACUACUUGGGAGGGCCAAAGGGAAAUUUGGAAUAAAAAUUCCAAAGUUUGGAAUAAAAGCAGUUCACGUGUUGAUUUUAUAUUCUUUCCCUUUCUGACACAGCCUAAAGCGUAGGGGGAAACAUAUGUUUAUCUGUGGGAGAUAAACAAGAUGGAGUCCCAAAGACUUUAACAAAAUAUUUUUUUAAAAAUCCACUAGAAUAGAAAAUACAUUAUUUAGAUAUACUUUAUGCUGAGAGUGAGUAUAUAUGCUUGUCCUAUUUAAACUUGUGAGAAAAAGUGGUAUCCCCUGGUACAUUUAGAAAUAUGGGGGUUAUCUUGUUUCAUUGUGGGGGUGGGGCAGAAGGAGGGUAAAUGCAGGAUGACCCUGUUGAACGAAUCUUAGCAUGGCCAACAGGGGGUGUUUCCAGUGCAUUAACAGGAACUGCAAGCCUUAGGGUUUCCACUGGUGGGGCUGUCAUGAACUUCAAACUCCAAAGCCUAGGCAGGGAGAAGCGUUCAGAGUGAUGGGAAAGCAACCUAGCCUUUUUUUUUUUCCACGAUUGCAAGACAUGUCAGUAGAUACCAUGCCUUUCAGAAUUUAAAAAAGACAGAUCGAUAAAUGCAAUGAUCAUGUGAAAUGUGAAAAAUUGAAAGCAUUCCAGCAAAAUAAGGAUUUUUUAAUAUAUUUUUUUUAAAGAUGUGUAUGUAAAAAAAAAAAAAGACGGGGUUGUGUUAUGGGCAAACUUCAUGAAUGGGAAUUGAUGUAGAGUUGUGAGUAGUUCCAACCUAGAAAACUAUGUGAAUGAAAGGCAGCUGUAGACAUCCUGCACCCUGAAGAGGUGUACGUGUGCUGUCAUCUGAGCUUACCUGGUCCGCUUGGAGUGGAUGUUACUGCUGAGUAUGUUCUCACUUGGAGCCAUGUGCGUGGGGUUGCCAGCCCCACAGACACAACGGAUCAUCCUCCCCUGGCACUGGGGACUUCUCCACAGUGGCAGAGUCUUACCACAGAAAGUAGCCACCAUUUCAUGGAAGCGAAGGUUCACAGCAUUCGGUUCCUUUUUCCUUUAACUCUUUAUAUGCUCCGAACUCUCAGUAAUAUCCAGAAACACUUCUUUUUAUGAAUAGUUACAGGCUUGUUGGUCCAGUGGGAGCUGGGUAGGGGGACAGAACCUUCUAAAGUGGAUCCAUAGUCAGAACCAGAAUACUACUGCAUGUUCUAUAACCACAAGGAAAUCAAACGCUCCUGUAAUGAUUCCAGUUAGUCAUAACUACAUUAGCAGUGUUAAUUUCAUUUUAGAAAUGGUGACUUCUGUGGUUUCCCUAGCAUUUGUCUCUAACAAAUGAUGAAAUAAUUGCUCAUGGCCCUCUCUGCCAUUGUCUCUCAUUUUUUCACAACAAAAUUAGAUCCCUUUACUUCACUAUUGUGCCACUACAAAUUACAUAAAAAAAAGACAAAAAAAUAGCAAGACUAUCCACGCCAGUAGACAGUAUGCUUCUCUAACCUAUAGGUGAUGUAAUCAUAGCUAAUACACUUGUCAUGGAGUUUUCAAGAUGGUGGGUGUUAGAUAGUUUUCAUCUUGUCCAAUACGCGCUGGUGGCCUUUUGUGUGGUCCUAAUCCCCUGGGUGCUUAGGAGGAUGUAGAUGCAACUUUGUAGCAGCUUUGAAGUUCAACAACAAUCCACAAAUCUGAGGGACAACCAGAGCUGCAGCCCCCUCAGCCCAGGUUAGUCAAACCCCAGCGACCUUUGCCCCUGGUUGCCAAGGGCUUUGCGACAUGCAGCAAGAAAUAAGGAUCUGUCUGUUUAGUGGAUACCGUGUAUCCUUUAAUAGACCAGGUAACAGUUUGUGUUAGUUUAGACUAUUGUUUUGUACUGUACUUUCUUGGGUGGCAGAGGAAAGAAAAGUAAAACAUUUGAAAAAAAAAAAAAAAAACCUGCGUUCUUUAAAUUCUGUAUUAUUAGCAACCUCUGUUGUAUAUAGUGUUUGAUAAUAAAGUAUUAAUUUGAUUCUUAUGUCUUUUGUAAGUGAGAACAAUAGACUUUCAGGAUACAAAACAUGCAUUGAGGCUUUGAAACAUCCUGUGUGUCUGUGACCAAGAAAAAGAGUCACCAGUGCCUGUGACACUGCUCCAUACGGGACUCACACAGCAGUCAUCGCCCGCCCUACCUUAAGAUUGCAUCAUCUGGGGACCUGGAACACAUGACUUUUGUGACCAAUCUUUUGUCCUUGAUGUUUCCCAGGUCUGAUGUUAGAGCCCUGCGGUCCCCAGCCGCCACCAGCAUGUUGGUUUGAAAAGGGUUAGGGACGUGAGUAGCGGUUCUGUACUUUGGUUUCCUAUUUGUGGUUGUUUUCCUGGACUGUCCCAUUCCACCCCUGCCCCAGGAAGAGUCUUGUCAGUGUCGUGGGCAACUCACACCUGGGAGUGGUUGCGAACCCGUCCACUGAGGAAGGUUCAUUGGGGGCUGUCUCCCUCUCUGUCGUUGUGAAAGGAAGGUCACUCAGUACCUGUGGAUUGUCAGGGGACUCUGUUUUUUAAUCCGGUGCCUUAGCAACGGCAGCAGCCAUUUUUAUUAGUUUCAAAAAAUUAGACAAGCAGUCUUCAACGCCUCCCUUCCAUUCAUGCUCUCAGAGAUGUGGUUGCUAGCAUUUCUUUUGAAACCACCUCCACCACCACCCCCGUUUGCCUACACUCCGCCCCUUUACCUUUUAAGUUGACUGUUAUUAUUAUUUUGUUGUUGUUGUUCUCUUGCCUUCCUCUCUACAUUUUAUUUUCCCUCAGAGCCGUGAAUGGGCAGGUCUAUCUCUGGCUUGGCAUCACUGAGUUUUUCCCAUGCAUUUGCCCCAGAGCUGCUCGGAUGUGAGACAAAUCUCCCUGCAAUGGGCUUGCUCCUCGCUCCCAUUGUCUGUACAGUUUAAUAGAUGCUGGCAUGUUGGAGGUUACCCAUGAGUCAAGAUCCGCUUUCCAUGCUUACUCUUGACACGCCAUUGAAGCCACUCAUUGUGUGUGUGUCUGGGUGUGCAGUCCAGCUCCGUGUGGUCCUGUGCUUGUACUGCCCUGCUUGGCAGCUCCCGCCCACUUCCUCAUCCAGUGCUGUUUUGAAAUGCUGACAUUAUAUAAACGUAAAAGAAAAUGUAAAAAAAAAAAAAAACCCACACACGAGGAAACCCAUACGAUCUGUAUUUGUAUAUACACGUGUCCGUACAAUUAUACCUAAAUAAAAAUUAAAGAUUUUCAUCAUUUUAA